UCGCUGUCGUCAGGCCGGGACUUCGGGUUAAAUCUCGCGAAAUUUGGUCUCUCGUCUUCUGCUUGAGUCCGGAACCGAUCAGAUUUCUCAUUUUGAAUCUCCAUUGUGUUCUGAAGGGGCUAUUUCCCAUUGAAAUGUGUUAAUCUCCGCGCAAAAUCGGCCGUGAAGAAGCAGGUGCCAUAGUAGAGGAGUCUCCACUCCACUGGAACUUCACUUUUGCCCAUUUUUGUCGUGCGUAGCACCCCCAAAAACAUUUUAUUCAAUCUCAACAUGAUUCGGUUCAUUUUAUUACCCGUCUUAAUUGCUUUAUUUGCCAACGUUCGAGUGACUAGUCAGGAAUCGCACAGCGAAACUCAUGACCUUUUGGCCUUGACUGUGGCCACCGAUGAGACUGAUGGAUUCAGGCGUUUUCUCCGCUCGGCCAAGGUGUACGACAUCCCUGUCACAGUCCUGGGCCAAAAUGAAGCUUGGGUUGGCGGAGACAUGCAUUAUGCUGGUGGUGGACAAAAAGUCGAGCUGCUGAAAAAUGAGCUGGAAAAAUACAAGAAUGAUAAAAAUAAAAUCGUUCUCUUCACCGACAGCUAUGAUGUGAUUUUCCUGGCUGGCGUGGAUAAAAUUUUAAAUCAAUUUGAGAAAAGCGGCGCCAAAAUCCUGUUUUCGGCAGAAGGCUUUUGCUGGCCUGACAAGAAUCUUGCUUCUAAAUAUCCUAACGUGCUACUUGGAAAGCGUUUCCUCAAUUCUGGUGGUUUUAUUGGCUAUGCGCCUGAAGUUUAUCAACUCGUGUCUACUUGGAAAGGCACGGCCAAGGAUGAUGAUCAACUGUUUUACACCGAGCGCUAUCUGGACGAUGACGUACGGGCUGCACUUAAGAUGAAGCUGGACCACAAGGGAGAAAUCUUCCAGAAUCUGAAUGGAGCUGUUGGCGAUAUUGAGUUGGAGUUCUCAGACGAGGAUGGUGCCAUCAUCAACAACGUUGUGUACAAGACAAAGCCACUUAUUGUCCAUGGAAAUGGCCCAGCCAAACAGGCUUUGAACACGCUAGGAAAUUAUCUCGCCAAGAGCUGGGACCCAAAAACUGGUUGCACUACCUGCGAAACAAACUUGAGGGAGCUCCCAAAGGAUGGAAAACCUUGGCCUGUGGUGUUGGUUAGCAUUUUCAUUGGGCAACCGACCCCAUUUUUGGAGGAAUUUAUCAACAAAAUUGUUGCUCUGGAUUAUCCUAAAUCUGCCAUCCACCUUUUCAUUCACAACAAGGCUGAGUACCACGCCAAACAACUAUCCAAAUUUGUUACUGAACAUGGAUCAGAUUACCAAAGUGUUGAAUUUAUAGAACACAUUGAGGAUACCUGCGAGGAGAGUGGCAGAAACAAGGCUAUCUCGCAUUGUGUAGGUCUGAACUGUGAAUACCUCUUUGUGGUUGAUUCCAUUGCCCACCUGGACAACAAGGAGACUUUGAAGAACUUGAUUGAGCAGAACAGACCGGUGAUUGCUCCUCUUCUCACAAGGCACAAAAAGGCUUGGUCCAACUUCUGGGGAGCGUUAAACUCUGACGGCUAUUACGCAAGGUCGGCCGAUUAUCUGCAAAUCGUCGAAGGGGAGCGCAAAGGAGUGUGGAAUGUGCCGCACAUCAGCGCCUGCUACCUGGUGCAGGGUUCCAUCCUGGCGGACGAGCACCUGCGUCCCACCUACACCAGCUCGCGCGGCGUCGACCCGGACAUGGCCUUCUGCGAGUCUCUCCGCCACAAUGAUAUCUUCAUGUUUGUGGACAACCUGAAGGACUUUGGGCAUUUGAUACAUGCGGACAACUUUGACACCUCGCAUAUGCAUAACGAGCUGUACCAAAUUUUUGACAACCAGUGGGACUUUGAACAACGCUACAUUCACCCAAACUAUACUGCAUGCUUCAAUCCUAACCACACUAAUCUUCAGCCGUGUCCUGAUGUUUAUUGGUUCCCAAUUGUUACCCCGAGAUAUUGCGACGAACUUGUGGCUGAGAUGGAAAAUUUCGGCCAAUGGUCUGAAGGAAAGAACAGCGACCCUCGUCUGGACGGCGGGUACGAAAACGUGCCCACCCGUGACAUCCACAUGAAGCAGGUGGGAAUGGAGCAGCACUGGCUGGAGUUCCUCAGGGUAUACGUCAGGCCUGUGCAGGAGCUAGUGUUUCACGGAUAUGUCCACGACCCUCCUCGAGCCAUCAUGAACUUUGUUGUUCGUUAUCGGCCUGAUGAGCAGCCGUUCCUUCGUCCCCAUCACGAUUCCUCCACUUACACAAUCAACAUCGCGUUGAACACCCCAAAUGUGGAUUUUGAGGGCGGUGGCUGCCGUUUCAUCCGGUACAACUGUUCCGUGGUGGACACUCGAAAGGGUUGGAUGCUGAUGCACCCUGGCAGGCUGACCCACUACCACGAAGGUCUUUAUGUCACAAAAGGCACCAGAUACAUUAUGGUCUCUUUCGUGGACCCUUAAAGCGCUUGCUGAAUGUGGAUAAGUGCAAUCAACAGCUUCCAUUUUUUAGAGUCUAGCUUUUUAAGCAAUCUGCAUUUACUUAUGUACAUAAUCUCAGCAGCUAUAGUUGCUAAAAUGAGCAAAUAACCGCGAUUAUGUCGCCUGUCUCUCUAUACAUGACUAAUCUGUGUUGAAAUUCCAGUCUUGAAAUGUUAGGCUGACUCCAAAAGUCACAUAUAUGUAGGCCAACUAACUUUUCAGUUCCUUUUUACUUUACACUGUUUUGAUAUUUUCUUGUAGGUGGAAAAUCACGAAUAAAUGUGAAUUUCAUCUAAUAA